AUGUUAAAGGAUCUUUUCAGUGCUACGCCUCAGAUCGAUAAAAAGACAGGAGAGGUUAUGGUCGGAGUCUCUCAAGCCGAGUUCGCGAAAGAUUGGGAUAUUAUAUUCCAAGUGAUCCGGCAACUUGGAGCGUUCAUGAAAAAAGUUCAUGAGAAAAUAGACGAAAGAGUUUUAAAACCGCUGUGGUCUGAAGGCCUAAACCCAACCGUUGAUAGACGUCAACGCCAAACAAGGAUAUUCCAACGCGAAAAGAUUGGCUACGAAGAAUAUUUUAACUUGAAAUUCGGGGGUACGCUAUCGCAAACAACGGACCGCGUCACUGACUCCGAAUGGAUUAAUCCUGCCGCCCUCAUGUACAGUUAUCUAGAAAAAGGUGCGCCCGAUCUAUUAGUCACAUAUGGGAAUAUCAUCAACAUUGUUUAUCGGGGUUUGCUUCCUUUAAUUAUGGACAUGAUGGCGGAUAUAUCGGUCAAAGCAAAUGAUUUGGCAGUUGAACAUGCAGAAUGGCCUGAAGGGACACCCAUACCAGAGCAAUACAUUGGAAAGUUACACCCCCUUCUUAGUUGGGGGUUUCCUAAGUUCGUCGAAUUUUUUAUAAUAGGUGGGGUCAUGAGGCAGUGGCCGGAGUGGACAGAUUAUCAGUAUAGAGUCGAGCCGUGGCCAUUAAAACAAGAGGAACUAGCGGAUGGGGUACAGAAAAUGGUGCUGGACAGUCGGAUAGAGGAAGCGCUGAAUUAUUAUAAUCCAUUCCCUUGGAGGGGUACGGUGCGGCAGUAUACCGAGCAACGUAGCGGAUCAACUGUGUUUCUGCCGUGA